AUGAAAUUAAUCUGCAACCAGGACAAGAAGAAUAUCAAGAAGCCUUCUACUGCAGAAGAAAUUGAAGAUAUUAGUAAGAAAAGCAAGGAAGAGGUGGAAGAGGCACAUGUUAUGGCCUUGAGAUUGAUGCAAAAAUUCCUCCAAACGACUGCUGGUCCCAACAUCAAGCGGCUGUAG